UUUAUCCCUUCGUUGAGUUUCGGCUUUUGAGAUUCUUUAAAUAAACUUCAUAGAACAUUCGUCAAGGACUCACCAAGUCAAGACAAUAUGGUUCGCAGAUCAUGGAAAGAAGUUGCCCAAAUAGCACAGGAAGUGCGUGAUAAGUCCAUCGCCGAAGUUCAACCACCAGUUCCGGAUUUGCCGUCAGACCUUCCGCUGAACGUGAUAAGUCUUCCCAGGCAGUUAUUGACACCUAGAGAGGUGGAUAUUACCGAAACUGCUCCAGACGUACUCGUCCAAAAGCUUGCUUCGGGAGAUUGGACUUGCGUGGAAGUCACCAAUGCUUUUCUCCGGCGUGCGGGUCUGGCUCAGAAACUGGUCAACUGUGUCACUGAGCUCAUGCCCGCUGCAGCUCUUGAGCGAGCAAAGUUCCUAGAUGACUACCUGGCCAAGCACGGGAAACCCAUUGGUCCCCUCCAUGGACUCCCAGUGAGCAUCAAAGAACAUCUUCCCAUGAAAGGCCGGACCAUAAACUGCGGCUACGUUGCGUGGUGGGGACGUAUCGCAGAGUCGACAUACAGCGGGACAGAAGUUCUCUACAACGCUGGUGCGGUGCUAUAUGUCAGAACUACUCAGCCGCAGUCUUUGAUGCAUCUCGCAACUUCGAGCAAUCUAUAUGGUGAGACUGUGUGUCCAUAUAACCGACAACUCACCAGUGGAGGUAGCUCCGGUGGCGAAGGAGCAUUGAUAGGCAUGAAUGGUAGUGUUGUCGGCAUCGGCACAGAUAUUGGUGGGAGUAUUCGCAGCCCCGCGGCAAAUAAUGGGAUAUACGGUCUUCGCCCGACCAGUAGCAGGUUUCCCUAUGACAAAUUUGCUGCUGCGCAUGGCCCCAUGGGGAUUCCGGCUGUUGCUGGACCGUUGAGUACGUCUCGCGGUGGGUUGAGACUUAUAAUGAAGACUGCCAUAGACUCAAAGCCGUGGUUGACUGAACCAAUGCUUGUACCGAUGCCCUGGCGCGACAAUGUAACCCAUCUAGGUCAAGGCACAACCGGUAAAAAGCUCAAGAUUGGAGUUCUGUGGGAUGACGGAGUUGUCAAACCGCAUCCGCCGGUGACACGAGCUUUGAAAGAGCUUGUGAACAAACUCCGUGAUGUGCCUGGUGUCGAGAUAGUGGAUUGGAAACCAUAUAAACACGACUACGCCUGGGAAAGAAUAGCAUCACUAUACUAUGCCGACGGUGCGGCUGAUAACUUUGAGCUUUUUGCUAAGAGUGGUGAGCCGAUGAUGCCCCUGACACAUUUUAUCAUUACCGAGAACGAGUACAGGAAACGACUCCAGAUCGAGGAAAUAUGGGACUUGAUGGAGAAGAAUACCGAGUACAAGAAAGACUACGCAAAGGUGUGGCACGAUACAGCUACGGGGGUCGAUGAGCACGGCAUUCCGGUUGGGAUGGUUGAUGUGAUUCUUUCACCAACAGCACCGGGUGCUGCUCCUCCAUUGAAUCAGGCUAGAUAUUGGGGGUAUACGGCUCAGUGGAAUUUACUUGAUUACCCUGCCGCAGUUUUUCCAGUGACUCAAGUCCAGCCGGAAAUUGAUAAGAAAGAGGAAGAUUAUAAGCCGCGGAAUACCAAAGAUGAAUUCAACUAUCAGCUCUAUGAACCGGAACUAUUCCGCGAUGCACCUGUCUCGUUGCAACUUAUUGGACGUCCUUUUGAGGACGAGAAGGUUCUUGAGGCUCUCGACUUCAUACACGAGCAUGUUCCUUUGCCGUCCUUCAAAAGGAUAUGAUCGGUCGCCCAUGCGAACCGUGAUGUUACCGACCAGCUAUAAUCUUAGAUAUAGCUAGACAUAUUGAGACAUCCAAUGCUAAUGAAUAGUGACCUUUCGGACUCUUUAAUCCGUCGGAUUGAUAUCAAAUCAACAGCACGUAAUCCGAGUAAUUCUUGAUAAAUGUAGCACCUGUAUUGACUAUAUCUGCUCAUUUGUCUAGGUAGUCUUAUUAUUCCCUCAAUCCUCCAUUCUCCCUCUUCCACAUCGUAAAUGGAGGUCCAAAACGCUUCAAUAUCUUGAACUCGCGAGGCUUGAUAAACAUCGGCUCAGUAAUGGCGAAGUACUCCUUAUAAUAUUCUUUUGGGAUUUGGUU